CGUUUCGUCAUUCACUGUCUAUACCCUUCUGUACGGAGAUUCUUGAAGUCGCGGCAAUGGAAGAAGAGGCGGGAAUUUAGGCAGAACGAGACGAUGGCAGACGAGACCUUGGUUGAAGCGGCCCUUCGAGUCCUCAACACUUCCGAUCCUUUCGAGAAGGCCGAACUCGGCGACAAGGUAGCUUCUCGAUGGCUCAACGGCAUGAUUUCUCGCCCUUACGAUCCCUCCUCCGAUCUCUCCGUCCCCGACCGCCCCGCCAGGCUCUCUGAUGUGAAGUUGGUGUCGCCGAGUCUCAUGCCGAAGCUUGGGAAGGCGGGAAGCUUACAGAGCCGGCAGGCUAUUGUGCAUAGUCUUGUCCACACUGAAAGUUGGGCUAUCGAUUUGUCGUGGGACAUAAUAGCUCGUUUUGGGAAACAAGAAGAGAUGCCAAGGGAAUUCUUCACUGAUUUUGUUAGGGUAGCCCAGGAUGAAGGUAGACAUUUUACUCUUCUUGCUGCACGACUUAAGGAACUGGGCUCUUUCUAUGGAGCACUACCCGCUCACGACGGCCUUUGGGAUUCUGCUAUUGCUACUUCCAGGGAUUUAUUAGCACGCUUGGCUAUUGAGCAUUGCGUCCAUGAGGCUCGAGGGCUGGAUGUGCUUCCCACCACCAUCUCUCGAUUCCGAAAUGGAGGUGAUAAUGAGACUGCAGAUUUGUUGGAGAAAGUAGUGUACCCAGAAGAAGUAACCCAUUGUGCUGCUGGACUUAAAUGGUUCAAAUAUCUUUCCCAGAGAUCUGGAAAACAGACGUUGGAUGGGGAUGGCUUGCUGCUGCUACAUCAAGAUGGGGCUGAGGAUAAUGCAUCAUUGGAAAUGGAGAACGAAGAAAUAAUUCACAAAUUUCAUGCAAUUGUGAGAAACUACUUCAGGGGGCCAUUGAAGCCACCUUUCAACGAAGUGGCAAGAAAAGCUGCUGGUUUUGGGCCUCGAUGGUAUGAACCACUUGCUUUCAAACCAAAUUCUACCUUGAAUCCAGAAUGUGAAUGAUUGUAAUGGAACUCAAGUUCUUGUCCAAACUAUUGUUUUCCAGAA